AUGAACAUCGUAAUCGGGCUGUUCGUCCACAAAGUCCCCGCGUUCUGGAUCGCAACCAUCUCCUCUAUCAUCUGCGCCGGGUCACCCUUACUCAUGGCGGUGAUCCAACCCUCCUGGCCCUACUGGGGCAAUGCAUUCGUUGCUCAGCUCCUACAGCCCGUCAGCUUCGAUGCUCUUUACACCAUCGGACUGAUUGUCAUCACAGACGUGUUUCCCGACAACACCCAAGCUCUCGCUGGGGCGGUGUUCAACACGUCCUCGCAGUUCGGCAGUGCGCUGGGAAUGGCUGUUCUACAGGUCAUCUCCACCGUGAUCACCGACCAGUCGGGCAAGGACGAGGUGCCAGCUCUGAUGGAGGGUUAUCGGGCGAGCUUCUGGGCCAUGUUUGCGUUGAUGCUGUGCUGCACCGUGGUUGGAUUCUUUGGCAUGCGCAAGGCUGGUAAGGUCGGUUUGAAGCAGGAUUAA